AUGAUAGAUUUGCUAUCAAAAGACUUAAAUCUGAAAUCUUGCUACGUACAAGGUCCAGAAGAAUCACGCAAAUUUGAAUGUGAAGUAGUAAGGUACCAUAACCUUAAGAACGUUGACAAACUAUUAUUUUUAUCUAAAAACAUCCCCGAGAAAACAUUUUACAUCGUUGAUUGUUUAAUCUACGAAGGCGGAGAGCGAGUGUGCCAUAAAAAGGACGACAUUAACAUGGUUUAUGCACAUGCCAAUUUGGUAGACACAGGAACUUUGGUGCGGCCCAACGAGACCGGCGUUCUUGCUCAGGAUGAGUUCAUAUGCGAAGAAAGUAAGGUAAAGGAAAUAAACUGUGACCUAAAUCCAUAUGUACCCUUCACAAGUGGUCUUCAACUCAAAGAAUCAAUGAAGUUUAAUGAUAACGUGCUUCUGAAAAGUGGUACUUAUGUUGUCAUACUUAAGCGUAACUGUAUAGGUUCAUGGUGUGGAUACACUGGAAAAGUAACAUCGGGUAGAAGAUCAAACACUUAUAAUUAUAAGAUGCCAGGAGAUACAGUGUAUCGUUGCUACUAUGCAAAAAGACAACAAGUUUGUAAACCAUUGUAUUCAAUCAACGAAAGAUCGGUGUAUAAUCAAAGAGGUCAUCUUAAUUCAUGGUAA